UGAGCCACCCAGGCGCCCUAGUCUUCCUCUUAAUUGAUCUCUUGGCAGCAUUUGGCACCGUCACCAUCCUUCCUUCUGAAAUUUUUUCUCCCCACGACUGAGUUUCUCUUCCUCUGCCUCUUGCUGAUUUCCUUCUCCUUUGCAGGGCUUUCGUCACCUGCCCCUUUGGUGGCCCUGGGAGUUCCAUCAUGGACCUCUUCUCACUCCACACAUUCUGCCUUGCUGGUUGCGCCCUCUCCCAAGGCCUGAAGAACUCUAUAUUAAACGAUGACCAGAUCUCUGCAGCCCAGAUUUCUCUCUGAGGCUUAGACUCAUGUGCCCCCACCCCUGCUCCUUCUCUCAUUUUGGAGUGUGUGCACAUGCUAUUCACUCUGCUUGGAAUGUUCCCUCCCUGGCCACCUCAGCUCAUCUGUCUGAGCCCUCCAUGCUGCUGCUGCAGCAAGGAUCUUUCUCUGUAAGCCCUCACUGUUGGAGCAAGCUCCGGGUUCCAGUUAGAUGCCUCUCCCAUAUGCCCCCCCACCCUUCUUAACCCUUGUCACACCACAGUACGGUCUGCUUCUCUGCCUCUCUCUCCCAGGAAGCUGUAAACUCCUUGAGGUCAGAGACUGUCUGCCCCCUCAUGCCCAGUCUCUACUGUAGUGUCUGAUGGUAUCUGGCAUAUAUUAGGUCUUUAAUAAAUCUUAGAUGAGUAAAUAAAAGAAGGAAUGACUAAUAGUGUUUAUUGUUGCCGAGAAGUCAACUAAGAGAAGUACUAAAGAAUACUGGCAUUGGGCACCAGGAGGUCGUCUAACGCCACAUGAUUCAUGUCAGCCGAGGGCAAUCGUAGAGAAAUGGAAUGGAACACGUGGGAGGUGAAAGAAUAGGAACAGCCAGAGCCUUGAAAAGGGUCACUGUGAGGUGGGAAAUGGGGAGUGGUUUAGUGGAAUAGGGUGAGGUUUUGUGUUUCCGAUAUUUCUAAAUGGGGGACAGUAACCUGAACACAUCUGAAGUUUCCUGGGCAGGGGCUGUCAAGAGGGAGCGUUGGAGAAACAGUGGAGAUGGGGGUACUGGUAUCAAGAGGUUCCAGAGAAAGCAGAAGGACACGGGCAUUGACCCGGAGCACAGCGAGACAGCGAGAGGAUUGCCGAGUGUUCUCAGGAAGAGAAGUGGAGGGCCUUCCAGGUGGAAGGAUCAACAGGAAGGGGUGGAGAGGAGGAAGGACUGGUGUACUUAAGGACUGACCCUUAGAUGGUAGGGUGAAGGCGCUGGCCCAGUACUUCAGUCUGUGCAGGGCCUUAAAUGCCCCAUUCACAAGUGUGCGCCCAGUCCCAGAGGCAGUGGGGGAGCCCAUCCUUGCUGUUUCCCAUCUUACAGACCGUCACCUUGGCCAGCAUUCCCCAGAUCGGGAUCACCAGCAAUGUCCCAGGACGGGAGCAUUUCCAUGGCUCCCGGGCCUCUGGGAGAUGCUCAGACAGGGCCUGGUUUGACUCCCCGCAUGGCCACUUUCCUGCUCGGAACUGAGGACAAUGAUAAGUGAUGGCUCCCCUCCUUCUCCCAGAGCCCAGAUGCCCGUCCAGCCUCCAAGCAAAGACACAGAAGAGAUGGAAGCAGAGGGCGAUUCGGCUGCCGAGAUGAAUGGGGAGGAGGAAGAGAGUGAGGAGGAGCGGAGCGGCAGCCAGACUGAGUCAGAGGAGGAGAGCUCAGAGAUGGACGAUGAGGACUACGAGCGGCGUCGCAGUGAGUGCGUCAACGAGAUGCUGGACCUGGAGAAGCAGUUCUCGGAGCUAAAGGAGAAGUUGUUCAGGGAACGGCUGAGUCAGCUGAGGGUGCGGCUGGAGGAAGUGGGGGCUGAGAGAGCACCUGAGUACACAGAGCCUCUGGGGGGGCUGCAGCGGAGCCUCAAGAUCCGCAUUCAGGUGGCAGGGAUCUACAAGGGCUUCUGUCUGGACGUGAUCCGGAACAAGUACGAGUGUGAGCUGCAGGGAGCCAAACAGCACCUGGAGAGUGAGAAGCUGCUGCUCUACGACACCCUGCAGGGGGAGCUGCAGGAGCGGAUCCAGAGGCUGGAGGAGGACCGCCAGAGCCUGGACAUCAGCUCUGAGUGGUGGGAUGACAAACUGCACGCCAGAAGCAGCGCAAAGACCUGGGACUCCCUGCCAGCCAGCAAGAGGAAGAAGGCUCCUCUCGUUUCUGGUCCUUAUAUCGUGUACAUGCUGCAGGAGAUCGACAUCCUGGAGGACUGGACGGCUAUCAAAAAGGCCAGGGCAGCUGUGUCCCCUCAGAAGAGAAAAGCAGAUGGACCAUGACCAUGCUGUUCAGAGCCAAGGGGCCCCUCGGGGCAGCUGUCAGCAAAGCCAGGAUUCGCAUUUUCCUGCUGUGGGAAGGCAGACUGACAAGCCCCUCGGGGUCUGUCCAGCCAGCUCCCCGGUGCUGCUGCUGGACCUUCCCCUCCAGCCGUCGCUGGUCCGGACCCCUCUGCCCUCCUCGGGGGCCUGCACAGCUGUGGCCCAGAGCUGCCCUAGCCAGGCAAGACUGUCUCCUCCAUCCCCAGUGAGCGCACCACCUCCCCCUCCCAAAGGGCAGCCUCCUUGGUGCCCUCCUAGACAAAGAAGAUGUGGCUCAUCUUAAGCCAAAGCAACAUCCUUCCUGCUGUCCUUGGACCAGUUGCUGAGCCAGUGAGCUGGGCCCCACUCUGUGGGAACUCUGAGCCAGACAUUAUAUUUUGGGGGCCUGUCUCUCCUGGCUGUUGUUGGAGGUGAGAAGGCAGGCUCCCCGGGUCUUCUCAAGGAGGUUCUUGGUGUCUCCCAGAUUGCAGGGACUGGAAUUAAAAUCUCUCCUGGGACUCU